AUAAACGCAGAUUGUUUUUUUAACUGCGCUGCAGUGACGCUCGCGAAGAGAUCCGUCCGCGUCAACAACAACAAGCAGCAUGGCGGAGCCGACGGUGCGGCUGUCCGGCAUCGUCUUCUCCUCGCUGGCGUUCCAGCACGUGAACCGGGACUCCGACGUGGAAGGUCUGAUCCUCGGAGAGAGCAAGUUCGAGGAGCAGGUCACCAUCAGUGACUCUCAGGCGGACCACAUCCACAUCGAGGAGAUAUACAAUAUCCAGAAGCACAUCAGCUGCCUCAAACUGAACGACUUCUACAACAGUGUUGGAGACGUGAACGUUGCCGCUGUGAAUAAAAUCCUGGCUGACAAUAAGCAGGAGAACGUGAUUGGCUGGUACAAGCAGCGCAGGAACUCCGAUCAGCAGAUGACCUUCAGAGAGAAGGUGGUGCACGAGAAGCUGAAGGCGUCUCUGUCCAACCCGCACAUGAUCUUCGUGCUGCUGACGCCCAGCAGGUUAACUCCUACAGGCUCCACCCACAAGAUGGAGUACGCCGCCUUCAUCUCACGCAGCAGGCACUUCGUGAACGUCCCCGUGCUGGUCAACAACCUGGGUGUUCUGGAGCAGCUGGCCUACUGGAAGGCCUCGGCACCGUGCUCCUCGGCGGGUUACCACCGCACCAUGAACACACACAGCUCCAAGUUCUUCUCCUCCAACGGGCUGCUGAGGGAAGUGAACGACGUGAACUCCAUGAAUGACUCGCUGCAGCUGGAGCUGCAGAAAGCUUCCAGGAAGCUGGUGGAAAGUGAACGUCUCGUAGAAACUCUGCAGACGGACAUUUCGGUUCUCAGGAGGAAACUCAGUGAGAAGAAAAAGAGUGAAGCAGGAAAAGGUGGUCCAGUGGAUCAAAGGGACCAGGUCCUCCAUGAGGCCUUCAGAUCCCUGCUGUGUUGUCGUCUGUUUCACACUCACACGUUGACUCUGGAAGCGUUUCCUGUCCCUGGCUUCUCCGAACAGGACGGCGCUCCUGAAACGGCGUCCCCGCUGCGUCCCGGCAAGAGACCGAAGGAGACGCUGGUGGGGACGGACAGGAAACGCAGGAGGAGCCAGCCUUCAGAAUAAAAUGUUUUUAUGGAACUAAA